AUGCAGCAACUAGAUGAAGAUCCCGAAUCAUGUCGCCAGAGUGAAUCUUUGCUUCAUGUCAUCUGCGCGUUAGGUGCAAAAUUCUUUGCACUUAAUAAUAACUCACAGUUGUCUUCAGAGACAGUACUCAAGGCAGGCAACCGAUGGGCUAGGAUUGCGAAAGCACGUAUUUUCGUGGAUAUGGAUGAUUUGUCGUUGGAGAAGCUGAUGUUCUAUACCAUCCAGACCACAAUUCUGCUGUAUGAGCAUGAUCUUCGGAUCGGAAGCUACGCAAGUGCGUUCAUGCUGAGCAGCAUGACGGCGCGGAUGUCACAGGCACUGCAAUUGAAUUUGGAGAUUUCUGCUGAUGUGUUAUGUACAAAACCAGAAUCAUCUUCGAUUAAUACUGAGACCAGGCGGCGGCUCAUGUGGAGCUGUUACUUGCUCGAUAGCUGGGUCGGUAGUGGUGUCAACCAACUUACCUUACUUGAGGAUCGAGACUUGAAAAUCCAGCUUCCGUGCCAUAGUCACAACUUUUCGCUGGGAAUCUCGUGUAUAACAGAGACUAUGAAAAAUGAAAAAGUGUUAAGCUUCAUCCCAAAUGACCAAGUACCUCCCGAUCCUUCUCAGAAUAUGGGAAUUGAGGCAUAUUUCAUUCGCCUUGUUAGCAUCCGGAAGAAAGUGUUACGAUAUGUCAAGCAUUUAGAUACAGGAAAACCUCCAUGGCAAGCCGAUUCUGAAUUCAGUUUACUAUGUUCCGAGCUUCACUCGUGGCGUCUCUCUCUUCCUCAAAGCUUGCUUUGGAACCCAAGCUCAAUAUAUGCGCGGAAAGAGUCCUCUCAACUCGGUGCACUCACCUUACUGUGGUGUACGUUCUAUCAGACAUUAGUCGACCUCUAUCGCAUCGGAAUGCCGGUUUUAUUCCGUAUACAAAAACACUUUAUCUUUCCUCCAGAGCAAAAGGAGUUUCUGGAGCACUGUCAAAAGGUCUGCUUUGAUAAUGCUCGCGAGGCAUCUACCAUACUAUCUGAGGCGCUGCGGCAUGGUCUCAAGAAUCUUGCAGACACUUGGUUAUGUAUCAUUGCACAUGAUGGCACAAAAGUAAUUUUGUAUUACCUGAAACUACAAGAAGCUGCAUCUUCGAGUAGCAUGGACCAGAGAGAAAGGAAUGAGGCAAUUGCAUUGGUUCAAAGUAAUCUUCAGGUAUUGCUGCAAAUGAGGUCUAUGGUAAAAACGGCCGAGCAUUGUUCACUCUCAGUUUUGAAAAUCAUGGCAGCAGCGGAGAUAAAACCUGAUAUUCCUUUCGCCCCUCUUCUAAAUGAAAGCUCCACAGAAACGUCGGAAGAUACCCCCCCAUCACCCGAAUCACCAGCCCAGGAGUCACCAGAGAACAUUCUUAACCCCCUCGCAAUCUAUCGUAUGGCUCGGACAGCCUUACACGGAAAGCGAAUCAAAUCCCCCCUCGUCAUGUCAAACACCAGAAAACAACGAAUCCUCAUCGCCAAAUUCCACAAAUAG